AUGCCCGGUUGUGUGGCUAUUCCUUCCGGCACUAAUGAUCGGAUCCUUCGUCUGACAAACCCUGAUGCUACAUCCAUGGGAGCAGCGAAUCGUGUCGAGAACGAGGUUGCUAUGAUGACUCUAGCCGCUGCUGCGCUAGACCCAAAUUUCGAACCCCACGUUGUGCCUCGCCUGUAUGGCUGGGCUGGAACCACAUCCGAAAAAGGGGAGCCACAGCAAGGUUGGAUCCUCCAGGAGCUCAUGCCAGGCGUUCCUCUAGACGAAAAGCUAGAUAACAUGGAACUCGAGGAGAAGAAAGAGAUAUUUGCAUAA